UGGCAACCGUCGAGCUUCCAUCUUUGAUUGUGCGACGGGUCGCGGCGAGAGCUGGGCCUCACUGCUCACUCAUCUUAGCACAACGCUCUUGCUUCCCGAAAAACGGGCGUGGACGCAUCAGAGAGUCCCACCGGACGACGUCGUACCGGCUACCCCGAGAGAAGCCCGAAGCCACCAAGACAGUUUGGUCUGCGAAACGCGGACGUGGACUCGGACGCCGUCACAACCGACGAGCCGAGCGAGCUAACUAGCCGCAGCGGGGGUAACCAGCUUUUGUAAUCCGCCGGCGAGAUAUCCAAAACUCGCCCCGCCGCCGCGAGCAUUAAAAGUCGGAUUAAACCCCCCAAAAAGUAAAAAGGACAAAAGCAAGCACCGGCACUGGCAGGAGCUGGUUCCGGUGGCUAGGCCAAAGGACCAGACUCAAUGAGUUUCCAGCGAAAUGUCCGAGAAGUCAGGGCAGAGCACCAAGGCAAAGGAUGGCGGCAAAACCAAGUAUGCGACCCUUAGCCUCUUCAACACCUACAAGGGCAAGUCUUUGGAAACCCAGAAGACUGCAGUUGCUGCUAGACAUGGGCUACAAAGUUUGGGUAAAGUUGCUGCCAGCAGGCGCAUGCCCCCUCCAGCCAACUUGCCCAGUCUGAAAGCGGAGAACAAGGGCAACGACCCAAACGUUAACAUUGUCCCCAAGGACGGCAGCGGCUGGGCAUCCCGGACCGAGGCAGGAGACGAGAGGCAACAAGAAACACCCCCACCCCAAGUCAAACCAGCAGUAGUCCCGCCUCAAGAGGCUCCCACGGCGGGAAGCCGCUCAUGGGCGAAUAGCAAGCAGACGCAGUUAGAUGGAGCUCCUCGCGUGAGCAGCCACUUCCAUCAGGAAUUCCCCAGCUUGCAUGCCGCCAGCGAUGGGGAGAAAGACGGCCAGCACGAGGAGGACGAGGAGCCGUACGGACCGGGCCCCAGCCUCAGACCUCAAAAUGUUGGCAGUUGGCGUGAAGGUGGCGGGAGAAAUUUGAACACCGCGUCUAGCCCCUCUGAAAUGGACAACAGGCCCCCAGAGGAGGGAAGUGCCGGCCCCGAUGCCUCCUCGACGCAAGAGGAUUCCGACGAGGCCGGCCGAAACAACGCCGCUGAUAGCCAGAGGGAAAAGAGGGAUGGCAGGGACAAACUGCAGCCCUCCGGCCCCUCUCUGCCUAAACUUAAUGGGGGUCAGCAGCCACCUGUGGGCGUGCAUUCCCACUUUGACCCCACCUUCAGGAGCAUGAUGCCACCCUAUAUGUUUCAUGCUUAUCCUCAAGUGUCACAAGGGCCGAGGCAAGCCAACAUCCGAUACACUUUGGCGCAAGAUGGCGUCAGGGCUCCUCGCUCAGCACGACCGCAGCAGCCACCACCCCAAGCGUGGCUCCAGGACCCAGACCGACCUUCGAUCGUUAGCGCAACGGAGCUCAAAGAGCUGGACAACUUGGACACCGAUACUGAUGAAGGCUGGGCCGGAGCGCAGAUGGAGGUGGACUAUACGGAGAAGCUCAACUUCAGUGAUGAUGAGGAGAACCACGCUGCUAAAGAAAAAUGCGAAAACUGGCAAUGGAUGGGUAAAGUGGAGCGUAUGCGAUCGCGUCCUCCAGAUGGUCAGGAUAGUUCAGAGGAGCACGGAGGUGGUAAAACAUCAUGGGCAGAUAGUGCCGAUCCCAGAGCGCCGUCGCCCGGCAGCGCGGCCCACUACAACAAAACGGCUACCCUGCAAGACUACCAGGGCGGCUCUCGCGCAAGUAGUGGCGGCGCUCCGCGCGGCAGCAAACCAGCAGUCGCGCCCGCAGACGAGGACUCGGAGGCUUGGCGGCAGAAACGCAAGAAGUCAUCAGAGGUUUCCGAAGCCGUGGAACGCGCGCGGCGCAGGAGAGAGGAAGAGGAGCGGAGGAUGGAAGAGCAGCGACUCGCCGCGUGCGCCGAAAAACUAAAACGACUCAAUGAAAAACAUCGCCAAAUGACCGAGGUUCAAGCUACUUUGCCUCAGACCUCAUGCGAUGAGGCGCAAGCUCCCAAAGAGGAAAUUCAGUCAGCGCCUGAUCCCGCAACGAGUCCUGCACCCUCAGUUGCAGUUUUACAGCAACAGGCCUCUGUGGUACAAACUCAUCUACCCGAGAGGGCAGACCGGGACGAGACGGCAGUCAAGCUAGAGCAAGUCGAACCAAACACAGAGGAAGAGGACAAGGCGGAGGUACCCCUACCUCAUCGUCCCAUCUCCCCUGUGCAUGUGGUCUCAGCCCCCGAACCUCAGACCGAAGCCGACAGCACCUUGGCAGAGGUCGAACCGCUUGUCGACGAGAACCAAGCUGAACGGACAACAGUGCCUAUCCGAGACUAUUUCAACAUGGAGGACAACAGAGUGGAAGAAGCGCACCUGUCACUGCCUCACAUGGACACCCCCAGCGGUGAAGAUGUAGCCAUUGCACCUCCGCUGCUAGAGGGAGAGGUCACCGCUGCUAUGCGCCCUUCCCUCACCUCCGGCUACUCCAAACAGUUUCAAAAAUCCCUGCCACCUCGUUUCCUCAGACAACAGGAGCAAAUGAAGCAGCAGCAUUGGCAACAGCAGCAGCAGCAACAACAAAGUGGAGGCUCCGUGUCGCCAUCGGGUAGUGGUGGAGUUCCAGCUACCCAACAACCACAGCAACACCGCUCAAUGUAUCAACCCAUCGGACCCCAUCACCAGCACCUGGCCUCCAUGGGCUUUGACCCCCGCUGGAUCAUGAUGCAGUCCUAUAUGGACCCUCGCAUGAUGUCCGGGCGCCCACCCAUGGACAUGCCGACCAACAUUCACACUGGGAGGAUCCCGCCGAAGCAAAUUGCACGCAGAGAGCCGGGAGACAAUUCAAGCUCCAGCUCCGACUCCUUUGACCACUUGACUCGACCCAUCCGCGACCAUGGCCUGCCGCCUGAUUCAAGGAUGGUGUGGGGCUCCGACCCAUACCCACCGUCGGAACCACUGCCGUCUGUAACUCCUCCGAAAGGGCGCGAUGAGAGCAAGGAGCCGAGGAUUGAUUCUGGUUUAGAUUUGGAAAGGGGUCUACCGUCAUUGUAUCCGCAGGAGCACAGCGCAUUGGACUCCCGCAAGAAUAACUUCUUUAGGGACCCACCUGAACCCAUACCAGCCUUUUCACAGAGCCUGGAUGAUGUGCCCGGAUCUAUAGACCGGGUUCCCGCCACCUCCAGCUUCGACCCCGAUGAGUCUGGGCUGCCGAGUGGGGAAGAAGUUGAAGCACUAGGAAAAGCUAUGCUACAGAGAAGCGUCUCCCAGGGCUCCUGUCACUCGCUUAAGCUCGAUGAGCCCAGGUUUGAUGGGCUACCACUGGGAAGCAAAGCACUAGAACUGCAGGACUCAGGCGACCGGGCCAUCGAAAAGCCUCAGAACGAACUCUUCACACCCGCCACGUUGACCAACAACAGGGCCACACCACCCGCCGACGGGCUACACAAACCGGAGAAGUUGCCUCUACCUGUUCCCAGCAAGCAGAAGGCUGAGCUACGCUGGGGUGGGAGGCCCGGUCGCAGAGAAGGACCUGGGGGAGAGAGACCCCUCCGCAGAUCUGGACCGAUCAAGAAGCCUGUUCUGAGAGAUAUGAAAGAAGAGCGAGAGCAAAGAGAAGAGAGAGAAAAGCGUCACGAGAGAGGAGAAAGGGGGGACAGGACUAAAAAGGACCAGUGCUCCAAAACUCCCUCCGUGGCUGCUGCUGUCUCUGCUGCUGCGGUUGCCGCCGCCGCUGCUGCCGUAGCUACGGCAACAUCUGAAGGCUCCAAAGCACAAGGCGAAUGCAAGAAGGAAGCUGCUGAGGCUGAAGAAUCACCGAUUGGCCUUGCUAAAGCCCGAGAGUCCUUAACAUCUUCUGGGGUUCCCACGUCUUCCUCUCAGGAGGAUAAGGCUGAAAAACCACCCGCUAAUGAAAAGCACCCAGAACCAAAACUGCCCAUCAGAAAGGAGUCAAAUAUCGCUCUCCGCAACUACAGACGCGAGGAGAGGGAACGUGACCGUGAGCGCGACAAAGAAAUGGACAGGGAGAGAGACAGAGAGUGGCCGGUCGACGCCAAUUUCAAAGGUCGCGGUCGAGGAGAAUAUUACUCCAGAGGGCGGAGCUUCCGUGGGACGUACAGUGGCCGAGGAAGAGGAGGUCGUGGUCGGAGCCGAGAGUACCCUCACAGAGAACCCCGGUCCCGCUCAGAUCUAGCUUCUGGAGCGGUGGCCUUCCGUAACAGGGAGGAAAGCGAGACGCGCAGCGAGAGCUCUGACUUUGAGGUUAUACCAAAGCGCAGGCGCCGACGCGGCUCGGACACGGACUCCGAAAGCGAGGGUGGAAGGGAGUCCGCCAGUGAUACCGGGCCAUCUGAUCGCGAGCCCAGCGCCAAGCCGAGCCGCCCUCUUCGACGUGAUUUCCCCGGUGAGAUGCGUUCUGGCCUCCACAAGCCAGGCUUUGGACCACCGCACAUGGCGGAUAAAGUGGGAUCGAGAUUAGAUGAUGAAGGCAGGCCCAAACCAGGGUUUCUACCUAAAGGAGAGCCUUCUCGGCGGGGAAGAGGUGGGUUGUAUAGUAGACGAGGUGGAGCCAGGGAUCGUGGAGCCCCUCGCUCUGCCCCUCUUAGAAGACCAGCCAGAGAAUCCUCAUCUCAGUGGCCUUCCAAGCCCAUGGAGACAUUCAGACCCGAGGACAUGGAGUCCACAUCAAGAUACGAUCAUCCGCCGUCGGAUCGACGGCCACCGAGAUCUGACGGCAAGAAAUUCAUGGACGGCGGCCCUCAGAGCAGCAGAGAACGACCUCGCCGAUCCAGACCGGCAAGACCCCCAAGGCAAGAUAAACCUCCUCGCUUCCGUCGGCUAAAGGAACGUGAGGCUGCAGUGCUGACGAGUGGCAAUCCAGGCCCAAGUUGCCCUGUGUCUCUACCCCCUGUGCCUGCUCCUGCUACAGCCGCCAUGUCUGCACCUGCAUCCGUCUCUCCGACCUUAUCGAGAGCACCAGGAACUCCCGUGACUGUCCCUGCAGAAGCAGCAUCCCCGGCGGCUACACACAACCUCCCUACUCCCCACGAUGGGCCCUUCACCGAGACGGGCGGUGCCCCCGCCGCCGUCGCUGCAGUUGGGACAAAGUCCCCCGACUUGUCCAACCAGAAUUCGUCUGAUCAAGCCAACGAGGAAUGGGAGACGGCCUCCGAGAGCAGCGACUUCAAUGAGAGGAGAGAGCGGGAGGAGAGGCGGGGAGCACAGGAGUCCGCCAGCAACGCGACAGCCACGCCGUCGGCUGCGCCCCUUCAACGCUCUCUGACUCCGAGUAAAAGCCCCCCAGAGGGAGUCAUCUCACCCAAGCGAGAUGGAGCCGCUGCUGGCAAGAGAAGCUUCUCCAGCCAGAGGCCGAUUGAGCGACAGAACCGAAGAGGCAACAGUGGGGCCAAACCAGGUCGCAGCUAUGGUGGGCCCAAGGGGGACAGAAGAGGGGGUGCCAAAGGUGGCCGCAAAGGCCUUGGCCUUCAGCAAAGCUCUGAUGGAACCGCAUCAGCCUCUGGAUCGUCGAGGUCUGCCAAAGAUCAGGCCGGACGACGCAAAGAUGAGGUCAAGCUGGCUGUCAAGAAGCCCAAAGAGAAUGCGCUCUCGCAGUUUGACCUCAACAAUUACGCCAGCGUGGUCAUCAUCGACGACCACCCUGAGGUCACCACUACAGAUGACCCGCAGUCCAGCACCAAUGACGACGGAUUCACGGAAGUGGUCUCGCGCAAGCAACAAAAACGCCUCCAGGAUGAGGAGAAGCGGAAGAAGGAAGAGCAAACUACUCAGAAUUGGGGUAAAAAAGGUUCCGGCGACAAGAGCAGAGGUGGCGGGGGAAAGUUGCCGCCAAGAUUUGCUAAAAAGCAAUCCUCACAGCAGCAACAACCGCAACCGCAACAGCACCAGGCCUCCUCACAAUCUCAACCCGCAGCGCCAGCAUCCACCCCUCAAGUCCAGCAACAACCUGCCAUCUCCGCCCCCCAGCACCCUCACCUCGCGCCCGCUCAGCCAGCCGCAUCACCCCAAACCCUGGAAGGAACGGUGCCCUCCGUGCCGGCCGCAACUGUGGAAUUUACCUCAAAGAGCCUACCCCCCACCACAGCCAACGCGCAAACGCACGGCAAUCUGGGUACCGAGCUUUGGGAGAAGAAAGUAGCUGCCCCGGCUGGCCUCCCCGAUGUCAAAAAGCUGGGUCCCAUCAGCCCUCCUCAGCCUCCUUCUGUGAGUGCCUGGAACAAACCUCUGACCUCCUUUACCGGCACAGUCUCCUCUGAGGGCGGGAAAUCUGGUGCAGAGGGUGGCGUGGAGUUGGCCAUCGACAGUAUUCAGUUCGGGGCGCCGUCGUCCGCAGGCAGUACGGACAGCGACGGCGUUCCCACAUUGCUCGAGACCACCACAGACAACAAGCUUCCUGCCCCUAAAGAACAAAGACAGAAACAACCUCGUGCUGGACCCAUCAAAACACAGAAGCUCCCCAACAUGGAGCCAGUCGAAACCAAGGAGUACAAGCCAGGUCCGAUUGGCAAAGAGCGCUCCUUGAAGAACCGCAAGGCAAAAGACGCCCGAGGAGGCGAGGGUGAGGGGAUGGAGGCGGGAGUGCCCGGAGGAGGUGUCGUCAGCAGGGUUGCCGCAUCCAGUCCCCCCACCAGUGACGCGGCGGUCGCCGAGCUGGGCGGAGACAUCGAGGGUAUGAUCACGGUGCCUUCGGCAGAGUACACCAGCAACUCCAAGGAAUCUGUUACAGACUACACCACACCCUCUUCCUCGCUCGCUGACAGUGUUCCAACUGGAAACAAUAAAAUGGAAGAGAGUCUGGUCGCCAACGUGGCACUACCACACUCAUUACCGCUUCCUCGACGAGAGACCUUGCAGCAGAACUCCCCUCUCAGCACCGUCUCCCCCGCCACCGUUGACUUAACACUAAAGAUGGAGUCUGCUCGCAAAGCGUGGGAGAACUCGCCAAGCCUGGAGAAAAACUCCCCGGUCACCACCUCUUCCUCACCCAUCACCUCCUGCGCAUCUUCGUACUCAUUCUCCUCAGCGUCCAUGCCACAGAUCCCCGUGGCCUCCGUCACCCCCAGCACAUCGCUUUCCGGUUCGGGCACCUACACGACAUCGUCCCUCAGCACCAAGACCACCACGGCCUCGGAUCCCCCCAACAUCUGCAAGGUGAAGCCCCAGCAGCUGCAGAGUGGGAGCUUGACCUCCGGUGGUACCGUCGGCGGCUUUUCCCAACUGGGCUGUGUGCCCCCACUGCUGCCCCAGCAGCAGCAGACCCCACAGGUUUAUGUGUCUCAGUCUGCAGCAGGUUCUGCAGCUCAGAUUCCGUCCUUCUACAUGGACACUAGCCAUCUUUUCAGCACCCCACACCCUCGCUUGGCUCCUCCCUCUUUGGCGCAGCAGCAAGGCUUUCAGCCUGGCCUCUCGCAGCCAACAGCAGUGCAGCAGAUACCGAUCCCGAUCUACGCUCCGCUACAAGGGCAGCCCCAGCACCAACACACGCACCAGGCCCAACUGGGACUCGGCGCCGGUCCUCCAGUCUCGCAGCCCCAGGACCUGUUCAGCUCCUCGCUGCAGCCGUACAGGUCUCAGCAGGCGUUCAUGCAGAGCAGCCUGUCGCAGCCCUCCAUGAUGCUGUCGGGGCCCUCGCUGCACAGUUACCCGGGCGUGCAGGCGCCCGAGCUGGGCAAGCCGCAGUCCAGCUUGGCCUACCAGCAGCCCUCCUCCACCCAGCACAUCCCCAUCCUGUUUGAGCCGCAGCUCAACCAGCCGUCUGGCAUGGGGGGCUCCCAGCUCAUUGACACCCACCUGCUGCAGGCCCGUCAGGGGAUGAGUCAGCAUUCCAACAUGUACUCGGGGCAGGUGCAGCAACAUGGUCAAAGCAGUUACUACAGCAACACCCAGUCUCCAAGCUCUGCCAUGCAGCAGGUAACGGUGCCCCUGCCAGGUUCCCAGCUCUCUCUGGCCAACUUCGGCUCGGGCGGCGGGCAGCCCCUCUUGGCGAUGCCGCCCACACCUCUGCAGCCGCAGCCCCCCAACAUCGGCAGACAGCCGCCCAUCUCCCAGCCGUACCGAGGCCUCAUGGGCCACAGUCACAGCCACAGCAUGAUGCAGCCUCCUACCAGCAAGAUGGAAAUGGACCUCAAGCUGUUUGGCGGCGGUAUGGAUGUGAAGCCUGUUACGCCUCCAGUCAGCGCCCGUAGCACCACGCCAACAUCGAGCCCUUAUAGGGCAAGCUCCACCUCCCCCAGCAGCCAGUCAGCCAAGUUGAACAGCAUGUUGUACCAGAAGCAGUUUCAGCCCAACUCUGGAAGCAUGAGGAUGACUCAGCACUUCCCCGGCCAGUUCAACCCUCAGCUGCUGUCGCAAGCCAACAUGGUGUCCCCCCUCGUACGGGCGCCUCAUACUAACUCGUUUGGCGGCGGCAUGCAGCGCUCGCCCAUGGGCCCGCCCAUGACCCCCAAUGUGGGGAUGGGCAUGGGCAGCGGCCUGAUGCCCCACCCCAGGCCUCAGCAUCCCCAGCACGCUCAGCACCCUCCUCCCCGGGGACCCGGUGGGCCCCCCAUGCCGCCCAGGGGCACGCAGGCUGCCCUGAAGGCUGAGCAGGACCUCAAGGCCAAGCAGCGCGCCGAGGUCCUGCAGUCCACCCACAAGUUCUUCUCAGAGCAGCAGCAGCUUAGCAAGGCGCUCAAGCCGCAGGCUCAGAUGCUGGAGGCCGCCCCGCCCCAGAUGGCCCAGCUGCCGCCACCCAAUUCCAACCCAGACGCCGACAAACCACCCCAAGUUUCGUUGGCGUCGGCCAAGCCCGUCCGCACCGGACCCAUCAAGCCGCAGGCCAUCAAGCCAGAGGAGGGCAAGUAAAAACGCGAGAGCCCCAACAGCUGGCCAGCCGCCUUUUAUCAACUGUGCGUGUGUGUGUGCGCGCGCGCGCGUGUUUGGGGAAACGGUUCACACAGACGAGUGCUGCUCACCUUUUUUAUUGCUUUUUUCUUUUGACUUCAGCUCCCUUUCUUUCCUUCUUUUUAUGAGGAUCAGUUUGACCGGUGUAGUGAAUGAAAGUAUGUUUUUGUUGUUGUUGUUGUUACUUUUUGUAAUGGAAACAAUCUUGACGAGGAUACGCGGUCAAACUAAUCCUGACAUUCGAGCAUCAUUUCAAAUCACAAUUCUCUCAUCACUCCCAUGUGAAAAUUGACCUCCUCAUGCACGUGUGUUUGUGUGUGAGACAGGACGAUCCUGUAUAUUUAGCCAAAGGUUAAAACGGCACAGGGAGAUCAUUGUGGAAGGAUUGCUCAAACACACACCCACACAUACAUACACACACACACACUCUGAGAAGCAUCAGUCCUAUUUUCUCCAUGUCUGCCUUCUGUCCCAAGCAAAGAAGCGGAGCACGCUGUGGUGAUCUCUUCUUCACCUUUCUCCAUCGGAGGGUCCCUGACACACAAAAUGGCCGCCCGUCUGUUUUCCUUUCCAGGCAGAGAAAGAGUUUGGGAAGAUGAGUGAGUGGAAGAUGGAUGAAUGAGAGAGCGCGAGCAGGGAGCAGUGUCAUGUUUUUCUUUUCAUUUUUGUUGUACUUGUACAGGGGUUACAUCGCUGUAUUAAAAUAUGUACGGUCUUAUUUACAUUCUCUUGGUUUGGUUACAGAAACUAAUAAAAAUACAAUGCUGUUAA